UUUCUUUACAAUAUUUAUUAAUUUAUUUUCUUAAUCAUGCCGAUAAUGAAUAAUACGGGAGAGUGGUUUAAAGUCCGACCGGACUACUACAGAAAGGUGGAGCUUGCAACACCUGAUUGGCCAAUCGAUUUUGAUUUAGAGUACAUGCAAGUUGUAGCAGCCCCGUACGGAGGUCCUUUAGCUGCAAUACGCGAUGCUACGAAACUGGUGCCUGUCAAAGGUACAUCGAGGCCGAUGAUUAGGAUUUUUGAUACCAGCGGCAAUGAAACUGGUCAUAUAUUGUGGAACCAUGGUAAGCUUAUUUCGAUGGGUUGGUCGGACACAGAGGAACUCAUCUGCGUGCUGGAGAAUGCCAAAGUCUUUGUCUACGACCUGUUUGGCAAUGAAAAGGAAUCGUAUAGCAUUGGUGGAGAGGCGAGCGUCAUUAAAAUUGUGGAAGCCAAAGUCUUUCAAUCGGCAGCUGGCACUGGCGUGGCCGUAAUGACUACUUCCGGUCGCAUUUUUCUAAAGCAGAACAGCAACAAAACAGAGCGAAAGUUACCUGAUAUACCAAAUUCCAAUUCGAAUUGUUCCUGCUGGGAGAUUGUAACUGAAGGUCGGAAUAGCUACUGCCUACUGGGCCGCGAGCGAGAGGUCAUUAAGUUGCAGCACGGUCAAACUGUGGGCACCGUGACCGCAAAUCUGUUUGAGAAACCACAUGAUCGCAUUAUUAAGAUUUCCGUUUCGUACAACCAUCAGCACUUGGCGUUGUACACCAACACUGGUUUGCUCUGGUUGGGCAGCGUCGAUAUGCGCCAGAAGUAUUGCGAGUUCGAUACUGGCCGCAAGGAUAUACCACUGCAAAUUGAAUGGAUUAUGAAUACCCAUAAUACCGAUGCAGAUGCUGUCGUCAUUUCCUAUCCCUCAUAUCUAUUGAUUGUCAAUCGCAAUGCGGACAGAAGUGAAAUUCCCAGUGAUCCCGUCAUGUUUCUGGUUGCCGAAAUGGAUGGUGUUCGCAUUAUUAGUCAAACCUCACAUGAAAUGAUUCAACGUUUGCCGAAAUGUGUGCAGAACAUAUUUGCCGUAAAUAGCCAGGAGCCAGCGAGCUAUCUAUUCGAGGCACAAAAGAAAUUCGAGGAGAAAUCCUACAAAUCCGAUGAAUAUUUGAGCAUGUGCCAUUCAAACAUUGAAUUGGCUGUGAACGAGUGUAUCGAAGCGGCAGCCUAUGAAUUCUGUCCCGUCACCCAGAAGAGUCUAAUGCGAACAGCUUACUUUGGAAAGGGCUUUAUACCAUCCCAUAAUCCCGAAGAGUAUAUGCGCAUCUUAAGAAUAUUGAGGGUUCUGAAUACUUUGCGCCACGAGAAAAUUGCCAUGCCGCUUACCUAUAAGCAAUUUUCUCACCUUAACCCGGAGGUAAUUUUGAGUCGCCUAGUCUUUCGCAAACAUUACGCUGUUGCCAUACAAGUCGCCAAGCACCUAAAAUUACCCGAAUCUUGGAUAUUAGAACAUUGGGCUUAUCAUAAAGUCAUGAAUGAUCAGAAUGAUAACGAGGUGGCUCGCAAGAUCACUGAAAAAUUCAAGAAUCCUUCAAUUGAAGGCAUUUCCUAUUGCAAUAUAGCAGAGAAAGCGCAUCAAAAUGGACGCGAUGAAUUGGCUAUUAAGCUGCUGGAGCUAGAGCCGCGUACCUCGCUGCAUGUGCCACUACUACUCAAAAUGGGCAAAUUCGAUCGGGCAGUGGCGAGUGCCACACAAUCUGGCGAUACGGAGCUAGUCACAGCGGUGCUGCUCGAAAUAAAGAAGAAAAUGAUGCUCUCCAAUUUCCACAUGAUUAUAAGAGAAUAUCCUUUGGCCCUAAAUAUGUACAAGAAGAUUAUGAUGGAGUCCAGUCGCACAGCACUCUUUGACAUUUACAACACCGAGGAUGAUCACAAGUCCAUUGCCGAGUAUCAUUUCUAUAAUGCACUCGAUAGCGAGGGUCUUGAAUCGAAUCUGUCGAAUAUUGGCAAUAGUUACGCACAGGGCAGAUGUACUGUGGAGGCAGAACUAUGUGCGGAUACAGCGCGCAUGCUUAAGCUGCAGAAGACACUUUCGACCAGGCAUAAUGGCGCCAUUCGAUUUAAUGGAUUAUCCAUACAUGAUACAAUGUUAGAGUUGUUAAAAGUGGGCGAACAGAAGGAGGCGGAGAAGAUCAAAAGUGAUUAUAAGGUGCCCGAUCGCAGGUUUUGGUGGCUGCGCAUACUUACCUUGGCCGAUAAGUACAACUGGGUAGAGUUGGAGAAAUUCUCGAAGAGCAAAAAGAGUCCCAUUGGCUAUGAACCCUUCGUUGAGGUCUGUCUGCAGCAGGACAAUGUGCGAGAAGCACAAAAAUAUAUUUUACGCUGUCCGGACAAACGCAAGGUGUACUGGUAUAUGCGAGCUGGCUUGUACGAGGAGUCAAUUGAUUGCGCCUUUGAGCAACGCGAUUUGCAUAGCCUUUAUGAGCUGCAGUCAAAGAUGCAACUGAUUAGAGAUCCGGUGCUCCUCGAGAAAAUUUGCCAUUAUAUCGGCAUGCUUGAACCAAGGCGCUAAACUAAACAUUCCUCCAAUAUAAUAUAUGUCUAUUUAUUAUAUAUAUAUAUAUCGAAGUUCGGAACCACUCGGUUUAAAUUUGAAGAACAUAUUUAAAAGAUACUCAAGUAUUUAACCAAAUAUAUAUUUAACCAAAUAUAUUGUUAUUUAAAGUUCCAAGAAACAAGAU